UCCAUCGAGUCUUUUGCAUCUCCAUAUCUCUCUCUCUCUCUCUAAAAGCCCACUCUGAAGUUUAAAGAGAGAGAAAGAGAUCGUACACUUUCUCUCUCUAGAACUCUAAAGGGUCAAAGCUUUAAAGCCUUCAAAUAUAUACAUAUAAAUCGAGAGAGAGGGAGGGAAACAUAUUUUGUUUUUCUUUUAAUUAUUUUUUGGGAGAGAUUUUGAAUCAUGGGUGGUGGGAAGAAAUUCGGGGUUCUUCUAUGCGCGGAGGACUCGGACUACAUUAAGAAGAGGUACGGAGGGUAUUUUGGUGUGUUUGUGGAAAUGCUGGCUGAGGAAGGGGAGACGUGGGACGUUUUCAGGGUGGCGAACGGCGAGUUCCCCGACGACGAUGAGAUCGCCGAAUUCGACGGAUUCGUUAUAACCGGCAGUUGCAAUGAUGCUCACGGGAAUGACGUUUGGAUCUGCAGGUUGAUCUCGCUUUUGAAGAAAUUGGAUUCCUUGAAGACGAAAGUUCUUGGGAUUUGCUUUGGUCACCAGAUUCUUAGCCGUGCGCUUGGAGGAAAAACAGGGCGAGCCGUUUCGGGUUGGGACAUUGGAGUUACGACAAUUCAUUUAUCAUCGUCCUCAUCGAAGUUCUUUUCAUCACUUGAGAUCCCCACCACUCUUCCCAUCAUAGAGUGCCACCGAGAUGAGGUUCGGGAACUUCCACCAAAGGCCGAGGUGUUAGCAUGGUCUGAGAAAACAGGGAUCGAGAUGUUCAAGUAUGGAAGUCAUAUGAUGGGCAUCCAAGGCCACCCUGAGUACACUCAAGACAUUCUGUUUCACCUAAUUGAUCGUCUCACACAGCGUGGUUAUAUUGAGGACUGGUACGGUGAUGAAUUGAAGGCAAAGUUGGAAGAAGUGGAGCCUGACAAAGAUGCCUGGAAAAACCUUUGCACGAGCUUCCUCAAGGAUAGAUUAUGAAGGUUUUUAUUUCAACCAAGAAUAAAAGAAAUGUAAAUAGGAACCCCUUUUCAAGAAUCAAGUUGUUUUUUAGAGAGGUUUGUGAUAGAAUAGCACAGAUGCAUUAAUCAUUAAAACAUGUAGUGAAACCUGUGCUUAGGUUGGAACUUGAGGUUGUCUUCUCUAUUGCUGCCUAAUAAAAUUUGCUAGCUUUUUUAA